CCUCCAUCACAUCACGGUCACGGCGCCUCCAACUCCAAGCGCCGCCUCCGCCUCGAAAACUCUUCUUCCCCGCGCGCGCUGCAGCAGGCGGCCCGACCGGCGUGUGGACCUCUCGCCCGCCCCCGCCUGCCGGUUUCCGCGAUGGCUGCCGCUUCCUUUCCACCAGCAUCUUCCUCCGGCGGCUGGGACUUCACUUGUAACCUUGAAGUUGAUUAUGGGUCUGAAGAAAAUGCAUCCAUCGUCUACAAAACGUUAGCGGUUGACAAGGAGUUGCAGCCUGACAAGGUGAAGAGGGAAAUGACUCUAUCAGGCAGCAAGCUGGCCGUGCACUUUGCAGCCGUGGAGGCCCGGUUCCUGCGAGCAUCGUUCAGUGCAUUUGUGGAUCUUAUGGGACUCGUCACGAAGCUUGUCGAGGAAUAUGGUGUGGCCAUGGAAGAGCAUUCUUGAAUCUUGAUGAACAAUCUCAUACCGACUUGUUCGCUUGAGCUUAUCUGUCAAAUGUGUCAGCCGUUCAGCAGCGUUUUUCUCUCACAACAAAUCAGCGAGGAGUACUUUCAGCCAUGGCUUAUUAGCAUUGCGGAGUUGAUUUUAGUCCGCCUGUGAGGACUUUGGACAGUCUGUACCAGUGGAAUUGCUCUUGAUUUUGUCAAGUGAAUGUAUCAUUGUAUUUGACCUUGAUUGGUCCAAUCCUAUUUAGAGCAGUGAAUCAUUUUCGGCAUACUAUUGUGAAAUGAACUUUCAUGCAACGUUAAGGCAAAAUGUACAAAUAAGAACAGGUUGUAAUCUGUUGUGAAAAAUCAUACGAACACUUCUAAGA